AUGGAAAUUGUGGAGACUACAGACUAUGAAGGAAACAAGAUUAAAUACAAAAAAUACAAAGGAAGAGCAUUUCACUUGCAAACGUUCGGAGAUGUUGGAAACCAGCUCCGAAUGGUGGAUACUUUCAAAGUCCGACCUGAUGAUGUGUUCCUCUGCACCUUUCCAAAAUCCGGCUCUCACUGGGUAGGGAACAUUAUUAAUGCUUUAAUCACUGAAUCGUCGAAAUAUUUGGAAGGACCUUUAACUCUGGAAUUCCAUGACUUGACGACUGCCGACGAGGAUAAAAAUCAACGCAUUAUCUGCACACAUCUCUCCUACCCUUUCAUCCCAGCAGCUGUCAAGGCAGGGACAGGAAAAGUCAUCAACGUGCUGAGAAAUCCAAAAGAUACGUUUGUCUCUGCUUGGAAAUUCUUUAGUUCCAUGGUGAAUAUAGGCUAUGCGGGAAACAUGGAUGGAUUUUUUCGAUUUUUCUUGUCGGAUGAAUUCUACAUGUCCGCAUCAUGGUUUAACUAUGUAAAGGAAUGGACGGACGGAAAAGCCAACAAUCCUAAUAUGCAAGUCCAUACGGUGUGGUACGAAGAUCUGAAAGCGGAUCUUUACAGUGAAGUGAGCAAAAUAUCCAAGUUUUUAGGCACACGCAAUGAUGAAAAGUUUCUCCGUGAAGUAGAAAGCAUUGUCUCCUUUCAAAGUUUAAAGACUGCACAUGAAACAGACGCUGGAGCCGUUGAUCGGUGGAAAGACAUUUGUAAGGAUGGACGUCUACCCAUUUAUAGAAAAGGUGUGAUCGGAGAUUGGAAAAACGAGCUGACUGUUGCACAGAAUGAACUGAUUGAUUCAAUGAUCAAGGAAAAACUUGCUGGAUAUAAUUUAAAUUUGAGGGGAAAAAGGUCCCUUUCUGAGUUUAAAUUACAGAUAGAAAAUACAGACCGAGUACAGAUAGAAAAUACAGAUCAUCUCUUCUGUGACCGAGUACAGAUAGAAAAUACAGAUCACGUCUUCUGUGACCGAGUACAGAUAGAAAAUACAGAUCAUCUCUUCUGUGACCGAGUACAGAUAGAAAAUACAGAUCAUCUCUUCUGUGACCGAGUACAGAUAGAAAAUACAGAUCAUCUCUUCUGUGACUGA